AUGCUCGUCCUAUCCUGUCUGGGCACCGGCCUCCUCCUCUGGCUGUUCCUCAGCGUCGGCCGCGACUACGUGCCCUACGUCCGGAUCCCGUCGACCAAGACGGACGGCAGCAGCAGCCCGCCGGUGCCGCCCGCCGACCCGACGCUCCUCGCCGACCCGACGCCCGAGCACAUCCCCAACACGGCGCACUACGUCUACAUCCUGGCCGACGUGUCGGGCGACUUCUCGUUUGCCUUCUCCGAGGUGCUCUCCAUCUACGCCACGUCGCGGUACUGGCAGCCCGAGGCCAUCUACCUGCACACCAACGCGCCGGCCGAGGCGCUCGAGCGGGCGCGGAGCGGCGCCGCCGGCAAGUGGACGCGGCUGCUCUUCGCGGUGCCGAACCUGCGCGUGGCCGCGGUGACGGUGCCCACGCACGCGCGCAACGGCAAGGAGAUUCGGCUCAUGGAGCACAAGUCGGACUUUGUGCGCGUGCAGGCCAUGCGCGAGUACGGCGGCGCGUACCUCGACUUUGACGUGCACCCGCUGCGCGACGUCCGCGCGCUCCGCGAGAGCGGCUUCCACGCCGUCGCCGGCCGCCAGCAGGGCGACAACGCCGAGAUCAACUCGGGCGUCUUCAUGAACAAGCCGCACAGCCAGAUGAUUGAGCUCUGGAGCGAGGGCAUGAACGAGGCCUUUACCGGCGAGUGGUCCGCCCACAGCAACGGCGCCCUCACCGUCGUCUGCGAGCGCCUCGUCGCCUCCCCCGGCGAGGUCCUCAUCAUGGAGCGCCACGCCUUCGCCCCCGGCAGCUGGAUGAAGGACGACACGAUUCGCCUGCUCGAGGCCCACCCGGACGAGCCGUCGAGCCUCGACAUGAUGACGCCCGACGGACACCUGCCCCAGUACGACGAGGAGCCCAUGACGCGCUGGACGGCGGCGGCCGCGAAGAAGAACCCGGCGUGGGCCCAGGACUGGUCCAAGACGUACAUGCUGCACGCCUUCAACCACAACCAGGGCGACUUUGAGAUUCCCGGCUUCAAGCGCAUCACGCCGCGCUACAUUCUCGAGCGCCGGAGCAACAUGGCGCGUGCCGUGUACCCCGUCGCCCGGGACCUCUUUGAGCGAGGGCUGAUCAACAUUGACGAUCCUUACAAGUUCAACACCGAUGAAUGA